AUGACUCAUAGGUCUCGCCUAUUUAUUAGCGAGACUUUGACUCCUCAUGACGUGUCAAUCUUAAUUUUACUGGUAUUUUAUUGCAUAAACAUUGAACAAAUUGACCUUGACAUUUUUGUGAAGCUCAUCCCACCGUCAACAGAAGAAAGCAAUGAUCUGGCAUUGCUUGAGUUCAAUCAGGGAGCGCCAAUUGUGGCCGACGCGACUUUGUUUGGAUGUUUGAGCAUUUUGGAGGAAAACAAUCAUAAGGCAUUAGCUGCCAGACUCGUAUCGACCUUAAAAUCGAUCAGAAAUGUUGACGGCCUUUCAAGACUGGUCAGGGUUCUGGAGAAACAUUGCUUAAAGCCCAGCUAUCGAUCUUUUAGUGUUGGUGAAGGUGUGAGAGUUUUCAAGCGUCAAAUAGCACAGGGCAGUUUCUUAGGUCGAUAUUUGAGUCAAUGCAUUCUAAGGCAUAAAAUCGAAGAGUUUCAGGAAAGUGAAAUUCUAUGGGAAAAUCUACUUGUUUACAGAUCUACAGGUUGUUAUGAAGAUGUGGACUUUGAUUUGGAUCCUGUCAUGGCAUAUAUCUUUACUCAAAGCGAUACCGAAAGCGAUAUCUCGAGAUUCAAUGUUUUCAACCAAGGCCUUGAAGACGCACUGAUACUCAAAAAGCCUCCCAAGGUAAAUGGUCACACUCUCAUGCUCUUCAAAAAUCAUUUAAAUGCUCUCUUGAGUGAAGAAUUCCACAGGAUGACGCGGCUCGAUUUGCAAAUGUCUGAUCGAACAAAGUGUAUCCUGGCGUCAAUGACCUUAGAUGACCUAUCCUGCUUCCCAACGGCGCACAUGCUGAAAUAUCUUCAAGCGCUUCGAGAUAGACAGUAUGAUGUUUCUCUUGAUGAGCUUUACAAAUAUUUCGAUUACAUGUUGGGAUACAACGGAGAGAACUUCUUCCAUACUUCAUUGCUGGCACUCGCCUCUUUUCAUGCUCAUUUUUACAAUAAUGACAUUGCAGUUAAAACUUUCGAAGAGGCUACUACGGUCGCAAGAGAAAAUAAAGAUAUCAAUACACUGAAUUUGCUUCUUAUGUGGGUCUUUGAGUUUCUCGAAAAGGAUCGUCAACGAGCAGACGAAUUCAAAAUUACGACAAAACAAAUCCUUGAUUAUUUGAAGUCCAGCUCUGAUGAUCAAAGCUCGAUAAUUUUCGAAAAUGCAUACAAAUUCGAAUCGCGAUGGUUACUUUUGGGUAAUACUGGUGUCGACUUGGUUUUACAAGCUACAUUCAAAGCCUUAGUUCUGAAUUUCCAAAACCUCCAAUUCACAUCGGAUCACAGGUCGCUAUACAAGCAUAUGAGCAAAGUAUGGAGAGAUCUCGGCAGUUCAACGUUGUCAGAAGUUUAUUCGAAAUUAGCCGGAGAAAAGAAAGAUGACUGCAUGUCAAGCUAUCGGAAAGCAGAGAAAGCAUUUGAUGAACGUGAUUUUGCAACGGUGCGACUGCAUCUAGAUAUCAUAGAUUCACCGGCCAUUUCUUAUGAGAGUCGGAAAGAAUGGCAACUACUGCGUCUCCGCUUUUUGAAGGAAACUGGAAGUUAUGUGGAAGCCAUGAAUUUCGUCAAUUUAAGAAUUAAGGAAUGUAAAAAUGAAUGUCCUAAUAGAAUAUGGAAACUCAAUUUCCUUCUCGAAAAAUGUUACAUUCUUUUGGACUUUAACAUGGCAGCUAGAUGUAUUCCCUUAAUUGAACCUCUUCAACAAACUGCUCGCGAAACGAUGGACCCAAAAACAAAUGCUCGCUUGGCGCUAUUGCUCGUUGAAAUUCUUAUGCAUCUCGAAAAACUCGAGGAGGCCAUAGAAGUCCUUAAUUGUACGUUUCACUCGAUGGUCCAGUAUUGCGACUACAGUGAUCACAAACAUAUCAUGAGAAAAUGCCUGAUCAUGAAAAAAUCCUGUGGAAAUAAUUUCAAAAUAUCAUUUUCUGAGCUGGAGCAAGCUCUAGUUGAGCUUGGGGGUAAAUGCAACCGAAACUAG